GGUCGCUACAGCCACCCGCCUCAACUUGCCCUUCAUCGCAGUCAUCGCGACAUUGCGUUCUGUCCGCACGUACUUGGAUAGCUUGUAUUGACAAAACACAUUUCAUUCCGAAGCUAUGGCAAGCAAACCGAAGGCAACUGCCACGCGCGCAUCUACACGUUCCAAGGCUACAGCAAGCAGUGCCCCAGCGACGACGCGGACCACUCGUGCAGCAUCGAAGACAAAUGCUGCUGCGCAGCCGUCAACAUCUGGCUUGUCAGCACCGAAAAGGACGAUUGCGCGAAAACCACUUCUCAAUCGAGACAACUCUCCUGAGCCACCAGACCGAAUGCGGGGCAAGAAGAUCACCGCGAGUGCACCGAAACCUCAUGUGUCCAGAAGCGCAACCACGGCAGACUUGACUGAAGACACAGAUAGAGAACCCAUAAAGGCCUACCUCCGCAUCCGCCCUCACCUCGGAGAUGCUGAACCGAUGUCCCAACCAUAUCUUGACCCCAUCUCCGAUACUGCAGUGCAGAUGACAGAUCCCUUGUCCUCUUCUGCGCCCUCACGGCUUUCUUCUGCGCACGCCUCGUCCAUCUAUACCUUCUCGCAUAUUUUCCCUCCGGAAACACAGCAGGUCGACUUCUUCACAAGACCACCCUUCCCCUGUGGUCUGCUCUUCACGUAUGGGGUCACAAACUCGGGUAAGACAUACACGAUCCAGGGUGGCAGUCAGCCGGGCAGCGCAGGCAUCCUCCCGCGCACUCUCGACGUUAUCUUCAAUAGUAUAGAGGGGCUACAUGGUGAUACCAGGUAUCGUCCAGUACGACUGAACGGUGUCGAGCUCGCCGACGGCCCUUCCGAGUCGUUCUCUCCGCAUCUCCCUAGUACCUCGGGCGCGCCCGCGCUUGCUGACAUCUUGGAUGACCUCCCGUCCAGCGAUGGUGUAGAUCCGACCGUGCUUACCAUCGACCGGAACCAUGAGUACACCAUCUGGCUCUCGUACUCAGAGGUUUACAAUGAAAAGUCUAGCAUUCCGCGCCCCACCUCAAGCUUCCUCAAUCUCCCGCUGCCGUCAUCUCAGGCCAACCCGCUCCUACUCACCCGCAAGGCCCUCGCUGUAAAACCUUGUCCGCGAUCCGACACCGGACUGACCUCGUCCGAAGCUGCAAACGGUGGUGCAGGCAAGUACGUCGCCGGCCUGCGCCAACUUAGGGUCGAGAAUGCCGCGCAAGCGAAAGAGCUUCUGCGUCUCGGGCAAUUGCAUAGACGGGUCUUCGGAACUCUUGCAAACAGCCAGAGCAGCCGGAGUCAUGCUCUAGUCACCAUCAAGAUCCUCCGCGUGCACCGUGGAGAGAAGAAUGACUUGUCGUCCAUCCAGACCUCGCGCCUCACGCUGGUCGAUCUAGCCGGUUCCGAACGGACGAAGCAUACACAGACAUCGGGCGAGCGUCUUCGCGAGGCCGGCAACAUCAACAAGUCACUCAUGGUGCUCGGACAGUGCAUGGAGACCCUGCGUGCCAAUCAACGAACGCUCGCACGCAGCCUUGCUGCGUCCAAUGGUGCCCGAGUCGACACGCGGGACGUCAAGCGCGGUCUGGCUGUCGUGCCCUUCCGCCACAGCAAAUUGACCGAAAUCUUGAUGGACUACUUCGUCGGCGAGGGCAGGGCGGUCAUGAUCGUCAACGUCAACCCUUACGAUACCGGCUUCGACGAGAACUCGCACGUAAUGCGGUUCGCUGCUCUUGCACGGGAGGUGUCCACCGUUCCUGGCAUGGCCAUCGCGCGUGUCCUCCCUGCAGGGAAGGCCCGUGCCAGUGAGGUCGUACCUCAUAAAAGGUCGGUCACCCUCUCGACUGGCGGACGCGGCAAGAAGGUCAGUGAAGCACAUCUGGAGGAUGUAGAGGACGAGGAGCCCGGCGACGGUGACGGAGACGGUGAGGACGAGCCCAUUAACCCACUCAUUGACGCGCUCUUCGACGAGAUCGAACGGCUGCGUACACAGCUGUUCGAUGCCGAACUGCGCUCUGCGGUCGUGGAAGCCGAGGUCCGUGAGGAGGUCAUGGAGGAGAUGGAGGCCCGGAUGCAAAGCAUGGAGAAGAUGUUCAAGCGUCGUUUGAUGAUGGAGAUCGAGCAACAUGAGAAGAAACUUGAUGCAAAGAUUGAUAUGAUGAACCAAGCCAGACAGGAGAACGGGCACUCAGCUAGUGACUCCGACGAAGACCUUUCCGACGUGACGGAAGAUGAGGUGGAGGCUCAGAUGGUAAGUAGCUCGAUAACCCGUCUUGAAAUGACCAUCGGUGCUCCUCGCCGCUGGCUCGCAAGGGAAAGGGCACGAACGGACGGCCAGCCUCCAAACCACUAUCAAGGCCGAGACACCCAUGGAAGUCGACGAGGAAACAAGCCAGGAAGACGAAUGGAAUCGCUCCUACCCCAGGACACCGAGUCUGAGGUUGAAUCCGAACCGCCCAAGAAGAGCGGCAGACCGUUGCCGAAGCACGCCCCUCUCGCAAAAGCACCGUCGCCCGUUUUCGAAGAUGAUGUCAAAGCUGGCAGGGCAAAGGCGAGGAAAGUUAGCGACACCGAUCUGAGGCUGCAGGACAAGCCUCGGGAUUCGACAACCGUUAUCCCGGACAAGAAGGCUCGAAAUGCUGCAGUGGCUCAUGGCGGACAGGGUGCCGCAUACGUGCCUCAGGAAGGUGAAGUCGACACGAUGAAGAAAAAAAGCGGUAAGCAGCUUGGAAAGAACCGCGUCGUGACGGACGAUGAGAUGGCAGCGAUCAUCCUGGGUACUUCGCAGGAGGCGGACACAGGCAAACAGUUGCGCCGGAGUGCGAGGCACUGA